GAUAACAAAAACUGUUCUUUGACCAUAUAAUAAAAAUUUCCCACACACAAAAUAACACAAAUACAAUGACCCAGAAAGAAAUUAAUCUUGUAACCAAAAAGGGCAUCAAAUCUAUAUUACGUUCUACACAUAUAUCUUGACAAUAAUGUUAAUAUAUCCUUAUUUAAUGACAAUAUAUCCUAAUUCAAAAUAAAAAAAAAUAAAAAAAAACCUCGUGAACAUUUACAGCACACAAUUAUUGGUUGUGAACGCUUAAAGUUCAUUUGCUUAUAUUAAUAUCAAAACAUUGAACAAUAGAGAAUUCACAUUUUAGCAAGAGCAGAAAUACACUCUAAUGAUGGAUACACUUCGAGGCUUUAUGCUUUUCGUUCUCUUAAUCUUUUUCAUCUCAAAACUUUCUUCAUCAACAUCUUUAAAUGAGUUUAUUGAAUGCCUCCAAGGCAACUCUAAAUCCAUCCCAAACAUUAUCACUGCCAAGAACUCAACAUUCCAAUCCAUUCUAUUCUCCCGCAUCCACAACAAAAGAUACUCCACACUUCAAACCCCAAAACCCCUUGCAAUCGUACAAGUCAACGAUGAGUCCGACAUCAAAACGACAAUAUUAUGCACCAAACAACACAAUCUCCAGCUCAGGAUUCGAAGUUGUGGGCAUGAUUUCGAGAGCCUCUCAUCGGUCUCUAGCGUCCCAUUCAUUAUUCUCGACAUGCUUAACUUUCGAUCCAUCGAUAUUGACAUUGGUGAUGAAACUACUUGGGUUCAAGCUGGUGCCAGUCUCGGCGAGCUUUACUAUAAGAUAGGGAAGACUAGUCCAGUCCACGGGUUCUCAGCUUCUGUGUGUCCUGGAGUUUGCACUGGAGGACACUUCAGUGGUGGAGGGUAUGGACCGAUGAUGAGAAUGUAUGGACUCACGAUUGAUAAUAUCUUAGAUGCUCGGAUAAUGGACGUGAAUGGUAAAAUACUAGACAGGAAGACGAUGGGAGAGGAUGUGUUUUGGGCCAUUAGAGGAGGAGGUGGAGCAAGUUUUGGAGUUAUCCUUUCGUGGAAGAUCAAAUUGAGUCGUGUCCCACCCAAAGUAACAGUUUUCAGAGUUAAUAGGAGUGCAAAACAAGGCUCCUUCGAGGCUUUUUAUCGUUGGCAAUAUGUGGCUCCUAACCUGCCUAAGGAGGUUUUCAUAAGAGCACAGUUGGAUGUGGUAAACCAGUCAAAUGGGGAAGAUGGUAACAAAACAAUCAUGGUGUCUUUCAUUGGACAUUACUUAGGACAAGCCCACGAGCUUGUUUCUCUUCUAGAACAACGAUUCCCUGAAUUGGGUUUAAAGAAAACAGAGUGCUUUGAAAUGAAUUGGGUGGAAUCCACUGUAUUUUGGAUCGACAAUCACCCAGUUGAAAAAAUAACAUCCUUAGAUGAGUUGCUCGUAAGGAAAAAUGGGUCCGUUGAGUUUUACAAGUUAAAGUCUGAUUACAUGAAAACACCUUUUACAAAGCAAGCAUUGAAGACAUUAUGGACAACAAUGAUCAAGAUUGGUAGAGUUUGGAUGAAGUGGAACCCUUAUGGAGGGAGAAUGAGCGAGGUUUCGGAAUGGGAAACACCUUUCCCUCAUAGGGCUGGAAACUUGGCUUUGCUGCAGUAUUAUGUAUUUUGGAAUGAGAGUGGGAUUAAUGCAACAAAUCAUUUCAUGAAUCUUUCAAGAGAGUUGUACGAGAAGAUGGCUCCUUUUGUUUCAAAGAAUCCGAGAGAAACUUUCUUGAAUUAUAGGGAUCUUGACAUCGGAGAAAACCUAGAUAAUCAGACGUCCUUAAAGACUGCACUUGUUUAUGGAGAAAAAUAUUUUAAGGGUAAUUUUGAUAGGUUGGUGAAAGCGAAAGCAAUCAUAGAUCCUAAUAAUUUCUUUAGAAAUGAGCAAAGUAUUCCACCUCCUCAGAGAACGAAUUGA